AUGGCACCUCGCCGCUCCGCGCGCCUCGCCGCCCGCAGAGCCCCAAUCCCUAACCCCUCUCCAAUUCCCACUCCCUCCCCUGCACCAUCCUCAAGCCCCAUCUACACACGCACCCGCAGCAAAGUGACAUUUAAAAUUACCAAGCCAGUCCCCAAAAUCACCACACUCACCAUUGCCUCCAGCACCCGCAUAACCAAACCUCCCCACCGCACCCGCCUUCGCACCCCCCGCCUAAUCCUCGACGACGAAGCCUCCGAAGGCACCGCCUCGUCCACCUCCACGGCGCGCUCCUUCCACUCCUCGGGCCUCUCGGCGAGCGACAUGGAGGACCAUCUCCAAGGCGACACUCUGAACUCUGACUCCGAAGACAGCCGUUUCGGUAGCGACGACGAUAACGAGAACUACUUCAACGACAGCGGGUUCGUGCUGCCGAACUCGUCGGAUGAGUCGUCUGAGGAGGAGGGGGCAGGGUCGAGUGGGUAUGACGGAGAUGCGUCGAAUGAGAGCACGGAGAGCGAGAGCUCGGGCUUGAGUUCGAGGUCAGAGGAGUCGGCGAGUGAGGGGAGUGAAGAGUCUGAGGAUGGGGAAUCUGAGGAGGAAGAGGAGGAGAGUCCGGUUCCCUGUCCUGUUUCGAGAGGUUCUGAGGAGGAGGAGGAUGAUGCGUUGCCGGUGGUUGCGUCGAGGGGGUUUGCGAGGCGGAGGCAGGUGAGGUCGGCAUCGCCGUCUCCUACGCCUGUUUCAGGCCCAGCUGUCUUAAAAUCGUGA